AUGCGUGUAUCAUCAAUUGGAAAAGGUCUUCGACAAAUUCCAUCACCACGAUCUCGUUUUUGUGAACAUAUAUCAAAUGAUGACGAUAAAUCUUUUUCUUGUCGUCAAAGAAUUUAUGUUGCAUGUCCACAUUGUCAACGGUCGCUAUGUUUAUACCAUAUAAAUGAGCAUCAAAUGAUAAUUCGAUCAUUAUUUGAUUCUUUAGUAAAUCGUUUAAAUGAAUAUCGAUAUGAAUUAACAGUUACACUUUCAAUUCCAUCAACUAGUCAAACACUUGUAAAUAAUUGUCUUGAUGAAUUUAAAAAUAUUAUUAUUCCAUAUGUACAACGAACAUGUUGUCAAAAUGAUGUUAAACAAGAUGAUAUAAAUCGUAUACAAAUUUUUAUUGAUAAAAUGCUAACUAUUAUUCAACAUAUUCAUUUCUAUUGGGAUAAUAAUAAGAAAGAAAAACGUUCCAGAAGUUCUUAUGUAAGAAUAACUAAUUUCAACUAUGACAAACGUGAUACAUAUUCGUUUAUGAAAGGUCUAGGAUGA